AUGUCAACUUCGAAGUUGGAGAAGAAGAUUUGGACUCUGGAGCAGAAGUUGCGGGAAGAGUUCAAUGCCGAGCUGCACAACGGACUUGCCAAGUUGCUGGCUAGAGUGGACCAUUUGGAAACGGAGAUGCUGCUCCUCAAAGGAGACACGGUUCCGGUAUCAACGAAUUCCAAGCCGAACGAUGCUUUGGCCAGUGACUUCCCAGAAGAUCCUGCUCCGGGGCGGAUUGUUCAGGCGAAGCCUGGGCAAGUGGUGCCGCUUGUGGAUGCAGGUCGAGAGGCCUGGGAUCAGAACGAAAUGCAAGACAUGAAGGACCUCGAAGAUGUCUUGGAGCCGGUGGGCUUUCACGAAUCAACUUGGAAUGUAGUUCUAGUGCUAGGGUUCACAGAGGCUGGAUGGCUGGACAGCUUCAUAAGCCUUUUGCUUCUGCUUGCCAGUGCUGCACUGCAGGUAACCAUUAGUCUCAUCCUGCUGUCUGAAGAUUUCCUGGGGGAGCCGUUUUCCAAGCAUAUAAGCCACGCGGAGAAGUGGAGACGCGGGCUGGCACACGAUUACAAACACAUGGACCUUUCAGAGGUAAGUCUGGCCUCCCGGGUUUGCAAUAAGGAUGACACAAUCAUUGUUUCUACCAGCCAAGCGAAUCUCAUAGCGCAGAUCAACGCCUUCCUGAGUAUCAAGCCAGCACAAGUCGAGCCCACUGAGAUGCGUCGCGGCAUUCUACUCUGCAUGCUCUGCAUUUUUCUCUGGUGUCUCUACCUAUGCAAUGAAUUCCGAUCGAUCGGCCUGUCUUUUGAGGCGAUCUUACAGGUGCCGAGGCGAGCACGGACCAAGUUUCAGCAGGGGCGCUUGGUGAGUAUAUCCUUUGCGCGAUGCUUUGUGUUCUGCUUUGCGCGGCUAGUACGAGGCAUGAUUGCGGGCUUUUUGCUGUACGGUGGCAUCCUUUGGCUAGCUAACACGACAUCUAUCAAAGACCUGGUGCUGAAUGCCGUGGCACUUGGAGCGAUCUUGGAUGUCGACGAGAUGUUCUUUGCGGCCCUGAUGCCCAAGAAAAUUCAAAUCAAGAUUCAGGACCUUGAGGCGAUCAAGGUGGUCUAUUCUCGGAGGCGUAGCCAGUUUGAGGCCUUGCUCCUCCUGGUGUUCAUGACAGUGUUAAUACUAGUGCCUUGGUUUCAGCUCGUGGAACCUCUGGGCGAGAACAUGAAGCUGGUGAAGAAAAAGUUUUGUGAUGGUGAUCAAGAUUUUGUUGUGGACGUCAAUGAGAACCAAGAAGUGACCAUUGGCCGAAACACAACACCUUUCUCAAGCAACAGGAAUGCCACUCUGAUCGAGUUGGCCGUCACAGACUAUGCUUUUUCCAAGGGGAGCAGUUGGCAACGCAUUCUUUUUGAACAGAGCAGAAAGUUCGAAAGCAGACGAACCCAAACCAUGGAGGCCAUAGCGAAAACGGUCUUAACAUGCGAAAACUUCGAUUCCUGGCUGGAUACCAACCAAUCCCAAGACAUGUUGGCAGUGUACGGCCCCUAUUGGUAUUCCACCGCACAUAGUGUCGGUUUUCCCGACGGCAGCAGCUGCGAAGACAUGCGUCAGUUGUGUGACUACGAGGGCUACCACCUUCUCCGCCUGUCUUGUGGUGUGACUUGUGGAUGUGAAGACGUGUUUGUGAAUCCCUGGUACAAGGUGGAGUACCAUGGCUGCUCGAAAGGGUGUCGUGACUCAAUGAAAUUCGGCAAGAUGCGGGAUCUCAACUGCACGGACGUCCCAGUUACUUCGAGGAGCUGGCAAGACUUUUGGGAGAUGUACCCUGACGAGGUGGAGGCCCUUGCAGUGGUCUUAAGCCAGGCAUUGAGAAACGAAGUGAAGGCCAUUGCCCAAAAGAUGCUGACUGAGGGCUGUAGUGCCUUGCUGAAUGUGUCUGAAGACCCGGUGACACUUACAAACUAUUGCGCCGGCAACACUAAUCCUGAGCUCUGGUCUGCGGCCCCACUGCGUCAGCUCUGCCCCGCUACCUGCUGCUCUCAGGAGCUGGGGAUGAUCGAAGGGGAGGAGGCUGAGAUCUUCAGCCAGCAUUCAAGCCGAGAGGACUUGCGCACCUUGCCAAAGUGGGAGUCGCUGCUGCUUCCGGCACUCGAGGGAGGGCUGGCAGCCGAUCGGAGGAUUCAGAUGCCUGCCGAGUACUUCUCCAUUCAUCCACAAUGGUCCCCAGGGACCAAAGUCACUGUUCGCAAGUCGCAUGCAGCCAAGCAGGCGUCCGUUCGCCCGAGCGUCUCGGUGAUGCGGGUGAAAAGCCUGAUGGUCGACGAGGGCUCCAUUUUGCAAAGGUUCGUUUUUCAUCCGGAUGCUCUCCCACGGCUUGCGUGGCUUUGCUUCGGAAUGCUCUUGAUUUUUUGGGAUGUCGUGACCAUUCCCCUGAUCCUGGGCGGGGUGGACAACGCGACCAUGGAAUUCCUCUACUGGGCCAGCUUGGUGACUCUUGCGUACUGGAUCUUCGACUUGUUCGUCAACUUCUUGACAGGCUAUGACACCGGAGCCGGGAUCGAGAUGCGGCCAAGACAGAUCGCCUGGCACUAUGCAAAGUCGUGGUUCAUUCCUGACUUGAUCCUCGUGAUUAUCGAGCUCGUGAUUAAAACUCUGGAGUUUGUGGCCACUACUAUCGAGAGCUCAGAGGAGCUUGGCUCUGUUCGUGUGCUUCGCAUCGUUCGUGUGAUGCGCUUCCUGCGACUGCUGCGUUUGCAGAAGAUUGCACGAAUUGGGGAGCUCAUUGCCAAGCAUUUCACCUCGCUCCUUGGCCUUAUUCGGUAA